AUAUGCUUCCUGUAGGAGUCAAAAUAUUUUUAUCAAUAUUCAAUAGUGUCAUUAUUAUAUGAUAAUUUUAUAGUACAAACUACAAAGUUGUCCUACUCCUAACUCCUAGGAUAGGAAUAUGGACACGGGGAAUCAUCAAUUGACGUCACAUGGGGUCCCACAUGCCUCCAUUGUGUGCUAUACAUGUAUUGUAUCAUACAAUCAAAAUUUGACUUUUAUCAAACAUUAAAUCCUCAACUUCAGCCUCACCCCAAAGAUUGGAUUCUGCCAAUUUCAAACUCCAUGUGAGAUUCAACAAAAGCUGCAGAACAAGAGUGAUCUCUUCCAAUCAAUCCUUAAUAAAGGUACACUUUUUUUGAUAAUUUUCUUCAUUAGGCUCUUGGGUCUUAAAGGGUUAGUAGUGUUUGGUUGAAGAGGGAAUGAUGAUAAGCAAUGCAGAGAAUCCUAUUGUUAAGAAUAAAAACCCAAAACUGACAUUACUACCUCUUAUUGCCCUGAUAUUCUAUGAUGUUUCUGGGGGUCCUUUUGGAGUAGAGGAUUCAGUUAGAGCUGGAGGUGGCCCUUUACUGUCUUUGCUUGGUUUUGUAAUAUUUCCCUUUAUUUGGAGUAUCCCAGAAGCUUUAGUAACAGCUGAAUUGGCCACAAGUUUCCCUGAAAAUGGUGGUUAUGUGCUUUGGAUAUCAGCAGCCUUUGGACCCUUUUGGGGUUUCCAAGAAGGCUUUUGGAAAUGGUUUAGUGGGGUUAUGGACAAUGCCCUUUACCCUGUAUUGUUCCUUGAUUACCUUAAACAUUCAUUACCAAUCUUUAAUCAUUUACUAGCUCGAAUCCCAGCUCUACUAGGAAUUACAGUCUCAUUGACUUACUUGAACUACAGAGGCUUACAUAUAGUUGGCUUUUCUGCUGUAUCUCUAGCCAUUUUUUCUCUUUUACCAUUUGUUGUAAUGAGUGUUCUUUCAAUUCCUCGAAUUAAGCCUAAGCAGUGGCUUGUUGUGGAUUUGAAAAAGGUGGAUUGGAGAGGGUACUUCAAUAGUAUGUUUUGGAAUUUAAACUAUUGGGAUAAGGCAAGUACUCUUGCUGGGGAAGUUGAGAAUCCAAGUAAGACAUUCCCAAAGGCACUUUUUGGAGCUGUGAUUUUGGUGGUUUUUUCAUACUUGAUUCCACUUCUUGCUGGGACAGGAGCUUUGAGUUCUUCCCCUAAUGAGUGGAGUGAUGGGUACUUUGCAGAAGUUGGUUUGUUAAUUGGUGGAUUUUGGCUCAAGUGGUGGAUUCAGGCAGCUGCUGCAAUGUCCAACAUGGGACUUUUUGAAGCAGAAAUGAGUAGUGAUGCUUUUCAACUUCUUGGGAUGAGUGAGAUGGGAAUGCUUCCAGCUAUAUUUGCUUUAAGGUCUAAAUAUGGGACACCAACCAUAAGCAUUUUGUGCUCAGCUACUGGAGUCAUAUUCUUGUCAUGGAUGAGCUUUCAAGAAAUAUUGGAAUUUCUCAACUUCUUAUAUUCCAUUGGAAUGCUACUCGAGUUUGCAGCCUUCAUUAAACUGAGAAUCGAAAAGCCAGACCUUCACAGACCAUACAGAGUUCCCUUUGAAACAUUUGGUGCAACAAUGCUGUGCAUUCCUCCUGCAAUUUUGCUUGUUCUUGUUAUGUGUUUGGCUUCUGUGAAAACAUUCUUUGUAAGUUGUGCAGUAAUCAUUUUAGGGGUCUUCUUGUACCCCAUUUUAGUUCUUGUAAAGGAAAAGAAUUUGAUGCAAUUCAUUUCAGAACAACCUGAACUUACUAUGCCUCCUACUGUUAGCCUGGAACACCAAUUGGUUGUGUCAAAACUUCAUCAAGAAGCUGAAGAUGAGGCCUCGAUUAGUCUUCUUUCGGAUUCAUCAGCUAAGACAGAGCAAGAAUCUUCAAAAAUAUCGAAUAGGGUGUCGAAUGUAACUGUAGAGAAACACUUGUAGUGAUGGCUAACCUCACAAUUUCACAGGUUCAUAUUAACAAAAUAAUCUCAAAACUAUGUGGAUCCAUUUUCCACUUAAGUUGGCUA